AUGGCGUGGACGUGCUCGGCGUUGUCCAAUGUUUCACUGGUCCAGAAUCUGGAAAAGGCGGCGCUUCUGUCUACGCCGGCGGUCAUCAGCUCCCUUUGCCGCGUAGAUCGCGGAUGGUUUGUGCCGGACAAUUUGCGGGCCUCGGCGUACAGGGACGAGCCGCUGCCUAUUGGGCAUGGUGCCACCAUCAGUGCCCCCCACAUGCAUGCCAUUAUGCUUGAGCUCCUCGUCCCCUUCUUGUUACCGGCGGCUGGGGGUGCACCCAAGACAGUCCUGGAUAUCGGCAGUGGCAGCGGUUAUCUCACGGCUGUCCUCGCCGACAUCUGCGGUGAGGGGUCGCGGGUGAUUGGCGUGGAGCACGUGCAGGAGUUGCAGCAACGCUCAUCAAAUGUGCUCCAGCAACGUUUUCCGAGCUGGGUGAGUGAGGGCCGUAUUAAGUUUAUCCAGGGCGAUGGUAGGGACAUAUCAAAGCUUUUUCCGCACUCCGCAGCCAUGUUUGAUGUGAUUCACGUCGGUGCGGCUGCCGCAUCAGUUCCAAACGGUUACUUGGAGGCUCUGAAACCGGGCGGGUGCCUUGUGAUUCCUGUUGGAAGGGAAAAUGAGGUGCAGCUACUGCGUCUUUACACAAAGGACGACAGUGGGGCCAUCACAACAAAAACCCAUGGAACAGUUAGUUUUGUCCCACUAACAUCGCUGAACCACCAACAAAGGCGUAUCUAG